UAAAUCUUUAAUUCAUGUCUAUAAAAUUACAUUCACCAUCUGGUUAAGGAAGAACACAUAAAAUAUUAGUAGCAGCUAAAUUGGCUAAUCUCCAAUUGGAAUUGAUUGAUACAUAAAUACUUUAGAAGAAUUUCUAAGAUUUAUAAAACAAAUUUCCAUUUGGAAAAGUGCCAGUCUUAGAAACAUAAGAAGGCAAUAUUUUUGAAAGCAAUGCUAUUCUUAGAUAUAUUGCAAGACAUUCAUAAGGAUUAUAUGGGUAUUUUAAUAAUUUAAUAUAGAAAAACACUUUAUUAAUAAGGUUUAGUUGAUUAAUGGUUAGAUGUAACAAUAAAUGAAUUAGAAACAGAUGUUGUAACAUCUGCUCUAUAAGUUCUAGGACAUAUUCCAAUAAUGUCUACAUAAUAUAAGACAUCUUUAAAUUAAAUUAGUCAUACAUUAACUAUUGUAGAUAAUUAAUUAAGCAAAUCUAAAUAUAUAUCUGGAGAUUCAUUGACAAUUGCUGAUAUUGCUUUAGCAUAAGUUAUUACAUUUGCAUUCACACUUUUGUUUGGAGAAUCAUAGAGAAAUAAAUAUCAAAACUUAUUAAAAUGGUUGAACGAAAUUAAUUCAUUACCUUAAUGGAGAGAAGUAAUUAUAUUUAUAAAUAUCAAAGGAAUUUGGUAGAUCAAGAUUCCCAAAGACUGCCUUUUAAUAGAGUGAUGUAACUGAGGAUAAAGAUAAAAAGGAAAAGAAAGAGAAUAAAUAAGAAUAACCAAAAUAAAAAGAAUAAAAAGAAUAACCUAAAUAGAAAGAAUAACCUAAAUAGAAAGAAUAACCUAAAUAAAAAGAAUAACCAAAAUAAAAAGAAUAACCUAAAUAAGAAGAAGAAGAUGAUGCACCAAAAAAGAAAGAAGCAAAUCCUCUUGAUUUAUUACCACCUUCAACUUUCAAUAUUGAUGAUUAUAAGAGAAUCUUCUUUGCAGAAAAAGAUAUUUAAAAGAAUAUAGAUACUCUCUUUGCCACUAUUGAUUUGAAUGGAUGGUCUUUAUGGUUAAUCAAAUAUAAUAAAUCAGAAAAUGAAGGUAAAUAAUUAAUUCUCACUAAUAAUUUAAUGAAGGGAUUCAUAAACUAAAGAUUAGAUCAAAAUUUCAGAAAAUAUGCAUUUGCUAUUCAUGGAGUUUAUGGUGAUGAACCAAAUCUCUAAUUAAGAGGAGCAUGGCUUUGGAGAGGAAAUGAAGUUCCAAAAGAAUGGGUAUUUAUUGUAUUGAUAUAAAAUUUAGAAAGAUCAUGUUGCUUAUGAUUAUCAUGAAUUCAUUAAAGUUGAUGUUAAUAAUGCUGCUUAAAAAUAAUUAUUUAUUGAUUAUUGGGUUAAAUAAGAAGAGGAUGUUUCAGAAGUUGAAGGAUUAAAGGCCAGAAGUUUAAUGUAUUUCAGAUGAGAUAUAAAUAUAAAAUAUAACAAUAAAUAAU